AAUGCUGUCCCCCUCUGGAGAUCCCUGAUGGGACCCACCAAAGUGUUCCGAGCCCGAAACAGCGUCCCCGACUCCAUCCGAGGGGCGUACGGCCUCACUGACACCAGGAACACCACUCACGGUUCAGACUCGCCAGCAUCAGCCAGCAGAGAAAUUGCCUUUUUCUUCCCCGAGUUCAACGAGCAGCUCUGGUACCAGCAGGAGGAGCCGUGUCUGCGGCGCGGGCGGGUGUAUUACAGCGCAGAGGAGCGUGUCCACUGUGUGUCCCGGGACGAAGAGGGAGAGCUGCCCUGA